GCGCGUGCGAUAUGUAGACGCGUGCGUUUCUGGUCGAAGGUUAUUCAUCAUGGCGGGCCUCGCUCCUGGAACGGCGAAGAAUAUUUCCAAGACCAAGCUUCAGGCCUUCAGCAUUGGUCAGAUGAACUUGACCAAAAAGAAGUCCAAAAGAAUAGAAGAUGAACUCAAGAAAAAGGAACAAGAGAAAGAAACUGCCAAAAUCUUUGAGGAGUUUGUUGCUUCCUUUGAGGAAGCACCGUCGACAUCAAAGUCAUUCGUCAGAGGAAAUACAAUUAAUCCAGAAACAAGAGUUGAAAAGUCAGAUCGCAAGACUGGUAAGCUCUACAAACCAACUUCAAAGAUUGCCGAGUCUGUUUACGCUAAACAACAGAGGGCGAUAGAGGAAGCGCAGAAAGCUAGAGCAGAAAGUCAAAAAGCCAAGUUGAAGAAAGAGAAGGAGAGAGAAAAACAGAAGAAGAGUAACUUGGAACUUUUCAAAGAAGAAUUGAGAGUACUCCAAAAAGAGAGGGAAGAGAGGCAUAAAUUGAGAAAGGAAAGGGGGGAUGAAGAUGAUUACGAUGAACCUAUUCUGCCUACGCCGCCCAGCAGCUCAGCUGGAUCUGCUUCUGAAAUCAGACUGCCAGCAGGGAUUGAGGAGUAUAAUUACGGGUCACAUGACUACGGAGAUCCUAAUACAACAAACAUCUUCCUUGGGAGUAUCAACCCAAAGAUGAACGAGGAGAUGCUAUGUAAGGAGUUUGUUCAGUACGGUCCUCUGGCAAGCGUCAAGAUCAUGUGGCCUAGGACAGACGCUGAGAGGCAAAGGAAUAGGAACUGUGGUUUCGUGGCCUUUAUGAAUCGCCGGGAUGCUGAGCGGGCCAUGAGAGCCCUGAAUGGCAAAGAAAUCAUGAACUACGAGAUGAAGCUCGGGUGGGGCAAGGCAGUGGUCCUGCCACCCCACCCCGUCUACAUCCCGGAGGCCAUGAUGGAACUCACCAUGCCCCCGCCCCCGUCCGGCCUACCCUUCAACUCCCAACUCAAGAAGAGCUCCAAGCGAGAAGCCCCCGCGCUGCCACCCCCGGGGAUCGCUCUCACCUUGGAGGAAGAGCAGGAUCUGCAAGAGACCUUAAAAGAAGCAGUUGUUAAAGUGGUUAUCCCGACCGAAAGGGCUCUGCUUCAAAUCAUCCAUCGUAUGAUCGAGUUUGUCGUCAACGAGGGUCCCAUGUUUGAGGCGAUGAUUAUGAACAGAGAGAUAAAUAACCCCAUGUUCAGAUUCCUGUUUGACAACCAGACGCCAGCUCAUGUUUACUACAGGUGGAAACUGUUCUCUAUACUUCAGGGCGAUUCCAUAACCAAAUGGUCAACGGAUGAGUUUCUCAUGUUCAAAGAUGGCUCAGUAUGGAGACCGCCCCCUAUCAAUCCAUACCAGCAAGGUAUGCCAGACGCCCUGGCACCGAAGCACGCCCUCAACAAAGCUCCUCUUCCACCGCCUGAUCUCCCAAAGAAAAAAAUGCUCACAAAUCAUCAAAGGGAUAAGCUAGAGGACUUGUUGAGGGCAAUUACAAUGGAUAGGUAUAAGAUAGGAGAGACGAUGGUGUACUGCCUAGACCAUGCUGACUCGGCAGAGGAGAUUGUUGAAUGUAUCGCAGAAUCUUUGGCUAUUAUAGAAACACCACUCCCUAAAAAGAUUGGACGAUUCUUCCUAGUGUCGGACAUCCUCUUCAACUCCAGUACCAAGGUAACCAAUGCCUCUUUCUUCCGCAAGUUCUUUGAGAACUAUCUACCGGUCAUGAUGCAAGAUGUCCGAGAGGCGUACAGAAGUAUUCAACAGAGACUGAAAGCUGAGCAAUUCAAGCAACGGGUGAUGGCUUGCUUCAGGAGUUGGAAUGACUGGGCUGUGUAUCCCAAUGACUUCCUGGUCCGUCUUCAGAACAUCUUCCUUGGGUUCCUAGAUCAUGACUCUGCUAAGGAGGACAUACAGAUUAAAGACCCAGAGGCCCUUGCCCAACCGGAGGUUGAUCUGGAUGGCAUACCGGUUGAUGAAGCCAAGAAGACAAAGGUUGAUGCAGCGGAUUUCGAUGGUCUCCCCCUGGAGGAUGAACAAGAUUUUGACGGUGCCCCUAUUCCCACAGAAGGUGCUGAAGAUCUUGACGGUGCCCCUCUAGAUGGUGACCCCAUUGAUGGUGCCCCCAUGGAUGGUGCCCCUAUUGACGGUGCUCCCAUUGACGGCGCCCCCAUUCAGGAUGAUGACGACCAGAGAUCGCUCACAAGCAGCGGUGGAUUGAAAUCAGAUGAGAGCAAAGGCUUUAAGGUGGCACCUUCCAAGUGGGAAACCGUUGACUCGUCUUUGUUGGAAGCCCAAGCCAUGACAACAUCAAAAUGGGAAACUUUGGCUGAGGAAGAAGAUGAAGUAGAAGAGCAAGAAGAACAAAAUGAAGAAGAGGAGAUGGAAGAAAGAGACGAGAACGGAGAAGAUGGAGACGACAGUGUGCAGUCUUUAGCAACAGACUUCUAUAAAUCAUCUGAAAUGAAUGAAAUCAAGAGAGCAAAACUCAGGGAAAUUGAGGUGAAAGUGAUGAAGUUCCAAGAUGAUGUUGAGUCCGGUAGAAGAGGCAGGAAGAAGGACAUGACAUUACAGGAGCAGGUGGAAAGAUACAGACAUAAACUCAUGCAGAAGGAAAAGGAAAAGGAAGCCGAGAGACAGAGAUCAAAGAACAAGGACAGGGAAAGAGAUCGGCUCAAGGAGUUUGAAAGAGCUCGUGAAAGGGAACGCGAGAGAUUCACCAAGGAACUAGAGGGAAGCUCCGGAGAGGAAGAAAUGAUGCCCAUCCCGUCCUCUAGGCGAGAUCGCGACCGAAAGCGUCGCAGAUCGCGCACCAGGUCGCGAUCGCGGUCCCCAUCGAUCAGGCGCAGCACCAGCCGGAAAGGGUCUCCCGACUCGCUGUCGGUUCUCAGGGAAUACUCUGACUCUCCGUCAAGUCGUUCCCAUCGUUCAGGGUCACACUCUCCCAAGAGAACACCUAGCCACAGAUCAAGAUCGCCUAAGAAAUCUCGCAGGUCAAGAUCAAGGUCACCGAGGAGGAGAAGGUCACCUUCACCCGGUAGAAGGUUGCAGAGGUCAAGGUCUCGGUCCCCACAUAGGAGGUCAAGCCAUAAGAAGAAAAGCAAACACUGACACCAGGAGCUGAGAUAAAAGACUCUUUGGACAUUCCUUUGUCUAAUUAUGUUCUCGAAGGCAAUUUGGUUAGACAAAGAACAUUAUGACUCUAUACUUGUGAAAUUAUCAAUCUGAUUUAUGAUUCUACUUUUUCUAUUUCGUCCUAUACAGAACUGUUAUUAUCUGAGUCUGUGUAUCGAUCCUGCCUUGAAUGACAACUCUCCAUAUAGAACUCUAUAGUCUUUAAUAGUAGCCAUAAGAUAUUUGCUACCAGAGCCGCGUCUUACAAAGAGUUACGAUUGAUCCAAUCUAUCUUAACUCUAUGGAAAUCCAUCAAUGUCAUAAUGUUUUCUACUUACAAUUUUCAAAAUGUCCUUUGUAAACAAAGGCGAGCACACCAACUUGUCAAGAAAACAAUGAAUUCAUGUAAUUUAUGUCAUAUCUAGAAAACAUUUCGAACAAACAUGCAUUUUAGAUUUUAACGUUGCUGGCCGUCCAUAGUUGUGAUUGAUUGGAUCAAUCGCAACUCUUUGUGAGACGGUCCCCAGAACUGUACAGUCCCUGCGCAAAGCAAAUGGGAUUUACAGAAUUCAAUAAUCACUGGUUUAAUUCAUUUGGUACAGGGUAGGAGAUGCUGCAUUUCCAAUAUAACCUGUCCACUGUCUAGAUAUUAUUAAUAAUCUUGUGGACUUAUUGCAAGCUGCAUUGUUAAAUUUGAACCUGGAGCACUUCAAGUUUCCUUUCUUCCUCCUUCAUAAACCUGUAUGGUAUAGUGUAUUUCCUAUUCCAUUGUUGAAACCAUACACCAUAAUGCAUGAUAAAUGUGACCCUUUACCCCCAAACCAACAUUAAGUCACCAGAGAAGUUUCUCCGUAGAAAGCUGCAAUAGUAACUUGGUCUUCAAAAAGUUAGAAUUUAGAAAUUCAGCUCAUUUGAAGGAGUAAUGCUUUUCCAACAUCCUGUCAACGUUUAGAGUUGUAAAGUUGACUAAUAAUAGAUACCAGGUUUCCGUCAUUGUUUUUCUGGACUGCUUAGAAGUUUCACCAAGAUGGCAGGUGCAUAUCUCAUACUGUCUUUAGUGAACCAUGUAUUCUUUAAAGCUCUCACUGGAUUUCUUCUAGUCAAUCGAGUACUUAAGUGGGCUAUGGUUGAUCAAUUUUGACAAGUUAUGUAUCAUUUUAAAGCUUAGGGUGUGCUUAGAAUCUCAAUAAAAAUCUCAAGAUUCAUUCUGGUUGACAUAGUGUUGGUUCGGAGUAACAUAUCACUAGGAAUUAUAUUCAGACAGUCGUCGUUAGGCUUUAUUUUGGAAAGACAGAGAAUUCCAUGUUUCUUCGUUUGCAAGGAAUUAGAAUGUUUGCUUGUCUGAGAAAGGUCAUUAUUUGUUCCUUUUUUUUGGUACUGUUUGACUGAGCCAUGUUAGACUUGCUGACUUGCUUUAACACAUUUCCCAUAGAUCUCCAUUUUGCAUGUGAAUGGGCCAAGUCUUUAAUUUGUUAACCAAUAAUUUUUAGUGAUCCAGCCAGAAAGAGGAAAUAGUUUGGUCAUACAUUGUCAUGGCUAUAUGCUAACAAUUAUGUUUGAGUUCCACAAUCCAUUUCCUGAGCAUUUUUGUUUGUUUUGAAACUAUUAUCAUUCACUUGGUCAUAAUCAAGAGCUUAUCCCAUGCACUGUGCUGCAAAUGAAACAAACUCUACAUAUUUAUUUAUUGCCCAUUACUGUGCCGGGGGGGUGUCCCUCCAAAUUUAUAGAACCUAUAUUUUUUCAUUUUGACUAGUGACUGCCUUGGAUUUUUUCGGCGGAGACUGGUGGACCACCAAAAUGAGGAAAUACAUUAGAAAUUCAGUGUCACCAAAGACUAUGACUAUAAACAACUUCUAAGCCUUUAAUUCCUUAUCUAGAUCUUUAUAUCAAAACUUUCACACGAUACUAUUAUUCCAAACCUUAAAUCGACCAAGUAGAGCUGUGAAAAUAAUGGUACCAAACAGGAUUUCUAAAUUUUCUUGAAUUUAUUGACCUGAAAUGUUAUAAUCCAGUUGCAUGGACGCAUCCAUUUUGCAUAGUAUGCAUUGUUUGCACCCCACUGCAGAAUUGCUGCACUAUUGAUCGAUCACAAAUAGAACAAAAUGGCUGUGCCCAUGCGCAGGGGUUAUAACGUUUCGGGCCGAUAAUUCAAGCAAGAAAAUUACAUCCUCAGUACUAUUAUUAGCAUGGCUCUACUGUGUUGAUUUAUUGUUUAGAAAUAUAGUUUUAUGUGAACGUUUUGAUACAUAAAUCUAGAUAAGGAAAUACAGGCUUGGAGGUUGUUGAUAUUCAAAGUCUUUGGUCACACUUUGGUUUCUUAUGUUUUUCUUUAUUUCAGCAGUCCACCGGUGUGGAAGAAAUUGCACAACGGCCUCAGGCAGGCACCAGUGGACCGCCCACUUCGAGUCUGGCCUUGUAUAGAUAUCACGUUCCCAUGAUAGGUGUAUCCAAAUUGCACAUGAGCUCAAUUACUGGCUACAGCAAUCGCUGUCCAAGUUUGUUUCCUUAUCUCGCAAUAAAUGUGAGUGACCUUUACAUAGAGGCCUGGUGAGUGGCACAUCACAUAUAAAAGGACCUCUUAUGUUAUCAUUUUAGGCAGUAUAUCUUUAUAUGUAGGAUCCUUUAAACAAUUAUUCAGGGUAAGUAAUUGUUAAAAGGGGAACUAACAACAAAAUUGCUGGCAUUUACAAGUUUCUUUUGAAAGGUGCAAACUGUUCUCCUUUUUUUUUUAUUACUGUUGCCGUUUUCAAACAUUUUCUUUCAUAAAAAGUACUUCAGGCUUCACCCCCCCCCCCCCCCAUCACAUUAAUUAUUGCUGAAAAAAUAAAUAUAUUGCAUUUCCACCAAAAUAACUUUUCACAUCCCUAAAAAUACCUACGUUGGUACCCUUGCCUUUAUGCUGUUCAAUAAUAAGAUAAAAGAUUAACAAUAAUACUUGCUUACCGGUAUAAAGUGCUUUACCCUUUCUUGAUCAGAAAUCUUUAAUCAUCCGACAAUAAUGUUAAUAAUACAUGUAUGCUACAUUAAAACAUUUGUUUGACAUGUAAGGUUUGAUUUAGAUUUUUUUUUUCAAUUCCUUGUAGCAGUAUCAUCACUGAAAGCUAUUCACCUGUAGUUGCAGCAAACAGGUAUUGAAGGUUAAUUGUCUCUAUGGCGGUGUUGCAAAAAAAUAUUUGCGAUCAAUUGCAAAUAUUUUGUUGCAAUUUUACAUCUGAUAGAUCAACGUUUGUUAUAGCAAAUCAGAUGAAACUUGAUUCUAGGAGCAGAUUAGCAAGCAAUCACUAAUUUGCAUUUAAUUGCAAGACAUGUGAUUGAUUUAGGGACCAAAAAUAGACUUGCAAUGGAUCGCAAGUUUCUUGCAACACCCCAUAUGUCAUGCAAGAGAUAGUUCUGGUUCAUUUGCAUAAACCUGCAUGCAACUGUGUGUAAUCAUGGAAUCUCAGCUGUAAACCACACUGGAGUUUGCCAACACAGAUUGGGCACAUGUGGGACAGUGUAAUAUUAUUGCUUGGAAAACAAAUAUUAAACCUUGUUGGAAUAACAUGCUUAUUAUGUCAAUUUCUCAGCAAUGACACAAUUUUACCAGAAUUAUUUGGUGCAUAUUUGUUUUUGUUAACAUAAAUACAAACGCUUGGGUAGCCAUUUUAUGGGAUUCUGUUAAGUUCUGGUUUAGAUUGUUACACAACACAAUCUACAUGUAAUACCUAGUCUGCAGGCACAGACCUGUGGGUUUAUAGUGCAUAAUGAAGAGUCUGAAGUAGGGAGACUAGAUUUACUCGUGUACUGUGGCUAUUAAACCCUAUUCAACACAAAGCCAAUUGUUACAUAAGUCACUAACAGUAAAGAUAUCAUACUUCAGCUCAUUUGGCUCUCAAAUCAUUCAUAAUUGUCUAGGAAGUAUAAAUAAAUGAUUGUCUUCACCAUCGAUGAGUCAGGAAAGAGCACAGUAAACAUGAGAAACAUACAACUUUGACACUUUUGGCUUCCCAUAAUUUUAGCACAGAGUUAGACCGUGGUCUAAGGUAAACCUGACUUCAGAAUAUGGGCCAGAGGGUCUGGAGACUCGUCUUCACACUAAACAUGGUAAAGUUUCUUAAAGUGUUGAAUUUUAGUUUGCUUGCAGAUUAAUCUAUUAAACUUCAAGAUGUGAAUUUCAUAAUUUAGCAAUCAAUCGGUUACGUAAUGUACCCACCAUCCAUGCUAAUGUGUCCAUUGACUUUCCAACCAAUGUGUUGUAAUAUGAAUAGUUUGUCCUAUAAAUAUCCAAUGUUACAUGAAGAGUGUCUCAAUAUUCUUGUGCAGGAAGGUCAGUAUGAAGCUAUAUAUCCUAUGUUGAAAUGAAAAGGGACUCUUUAAAAGUUAUCUUUGAUUAUGUAUAUUGUAUUUGGUGAAAAUACAGUUGUGAAUAUUUUUCAACAUA